AGAGUUCUACACAUCUGGCACCGGAUUCAGCCAGAAAGGAAGUGAAACUAAGUGCAUGGUUCUCAGAAGAGCUGCUCAUGCACGAGUACGUCCAUUAACACACAGCAGGAUGACUUCUCUCCUUUUUCUCGGUGUUCUCCUUCUUCAACUUCCAGGUGUCCUGUGCACUGUGACCACAGUGGGAGAGUGGACAGUGUUAGAGGGUCAAUCGAUCAUUGUCCCCUGCCAUUACAACCCUGAGUACACUCCGAAUGUGAAGUACUGGUGCCAGGGCCCCAUGAAGGACUUCUGUACCACUCUGGCACGCACAAACCAGCCAGAAUCUGCUCCAUCCUCAAAAGCGAGAAUAACGAUUGCUGAUGACCCGAGGCAUUAUGUGUUCACAGUGACCAUGCGUGAGCUGAAGGAGAAGGACUCGGGCCGGUACUGGUGCGGCGUGGAAAUAGGAGGGAUAUGGAACAAAGAUAGCACCACGUCAUUUUAUAUAAGUGUCAUACACGGUAUGUCAGUAGCAAACAAUGAAGUAAGUGCUGAGGAGGGUGGCAGUGUCACUGUGCAGUGCCUCUACAGUGAGAAACACAGGGAGAAUGAGAAGAGAUGGUGCAGGAGUGGUGACAUAAGCUCCUGCAAGGGUACAAGCAACGGGACGUUCAGCAGUGAAUCUCUGCUCAUCAGCGAUGACAGGAAGGACACAGUUACCGUGACGAUGAGGCGUCUGGAGAAGCGGGACACAGGAUGGUACUGGUGCGAAGCUGGCGAGCACCAAUUGUCUGUUUAUGUGUUAGUCACUCCAAGAUCAACCACAACUGCCUUGGAUGUAAAAACACAACAGCAUCUGUCCGAGGUUAAAGCUCAGAACUCCAACAGUCACAAUGUUCGGCAGUCUCUUCUGAUAGUGUGUGGAGCUCUGUUGUUCUUGGUAACAUGGAUGAUAUGGAAGCGAUUUAGUGCUGUCUGUCAGGCAUCGAGGCAGUUUAGUCUUAAAACUGGAGAAUCUGUCACCAUCCCAUGUCAUUAUGAUAGGAAAUAUAUACAACAUAAGAAAUACUGGUGCUAUGGAAGAACAUUCAAUUUCUGCAAAAUUCAGGCAUAUGCCAAUGACACACAGGGGAAAGUGACAGUGACUGAUUACCCAGCUGAGAGUCUCUUUACUGUGACAAUGAAUAAUCUCCAGACAGAAAAUACUGGAUGGUACUGGUGUGUUGUAGAGAUAGGUGGAAUAAAGACGCCAGAUAUUAAAGAAGAUCUUUCCAUUACAGUGAAAUCAGAUCCUGAUCUGUCUGUGAUGGAGAGCAGAGUGAGAGGUGAGGAAGGAGGCAGUGUCACAGUCCAGUGUUUCUACAGCUCUGCGUAUCAGAAUACACAGAAGCAGUGGUGCAGAUUGAAAGAUGGACGCUGCAACACAUUUAGGAAGACUGCCACAUCCCAGAAUUCAGCAGUGCACAUCAGUGAUGAUGGGAGAAGAUCCUUCAGCGUGCAGAUGAGUGGACUGAAGAAGAGUGAUGCUGGCUGGUACUGGUGCAGUGCAGGAGAUCUGCAGGUUCCUGUUCACAUCAGUGUCUUUGGUGACGUUUCAGAUUCUCCAGAUUCCAAAGAACGCAUAAAGCCAGUGAUGUUCUGCAUUGCAAACAGGUGAAGGAUGUGAUCCUGGUGGUACUGACAAUUUAUAGAACAUUAUCUUUGUUUCCAUAACUGAUAUGAGAUAAAAUGUGGUUCAAUGGAUUCAACCGCAAGGGACUUCUUUUAUUUGGAAUAUAUACAAUAAUUAUACUUAUAGUAACUUGUGUUAUAUCUGCUAUUAUUGAAUAAGGGUAAGAUAAGGUAAAAAAUUAAAUUCUCAGAGUGGUCUAAAGCCAUGUAAUCAGGUGCUUUUAGCGUCUUUGGUUUAAAAUGCUGUAUGUAUUACUGUGUUAUUACAAUAUAAUCACAGCAAUGUUAUAGUAGCUGUACAGUAAGGACCUCAGAUAUGGUAUACACUGCCAAUUCUGUAAAUAUUUAUCCACAGUAACAAGUGGCCUGCUGUAUUGAACUGUUAAACACAUUUAAAGCAUCAUAUUGAUCAAAACACAGUAUUUUAGUCUACAAUUUACACAAAUUCUUCACCCACUAAGACUAGUACAGCAUUUACUUUCUUAGACAAUGGAUAUUUUCUGUCAUAUAGCAUCAGACCUAUUCAUUUUUCCAACAAUAUAUUAGCACUGGAUGAAGGAAUGUUUGUAUUUUACUGGGUAGUUGAUUAUAAUAAAGUUUGUGUUAUACUCC